AUGCUGUACACCAUCAAAGCUAUGCGUAUCGAGCCUGUGACAUGCAACAACGAAGCCAACAAGACAAAGCGAAAGGCGUUUGUGGACACCCUUUUGCAACAUCAACAAUGCGGAGACUACAUUGCAUACUACGACGAAACCAACUACAACAUCUACUGCCAUCGCACCCUCGGGCUGUGCUGUGUCGGCCAUCGGUUGGUGUGUGGAAGCAUCAAGAUGGCCCAGAAUGCGGCGUUUGUUGAAGAGAUAUAUCAAGCCGUGAAGGCAAGUGCCUCCUGGAACACGAACUUUGAGGACAAGAGGGUGGUCAUUGUUCUUGACAACGCACCUGCACACUCUCAAACUGAGCAGCGCGUUGAGCCAUACGAGGACUUGGUGCUCUUGCGCUUUGGGCCAUACUCACCGAUGCUAAAUCCUAUUGAAAGCUGCUUUAGCGUGUUGAAGGCCCACAUCAAACGUUUUGCUUGCGUCGCGCACCAAUGUGCUGUUUGA